UAGAGGAAGUCCGCACCUGGCCAGUAUCCGAGAAGGCGACUAUGGAGCAGAUUUUUGAAGGGCUGUACCAUGUAUUUGAGUCACAUUCUCCAUCAGAGGUACAUCUCCGGCUGUAUGAAAGGCGACAAAAGCCAGGCCCACGGAAGAAAAGUCAUCUCUCACACCUGAAUGCAUUUCUCUCCAACUCUGUGGAGCGUGCUGUGAAAAAGAGUCCGGCCGUGCAUUCCUGAGAAAAAUGGAUUCAGGUACCAUAAAGGACAUCCUCCGAGGGAAAUCAGAAAUUCUGCCCGUAGAGUCAUCUAAGAGUGUUCGACUAUUCGUAAGCUCCACUUUUUCAGAUAUGGCAGAAGAACGUAAUGCACUAUUGGAGAUGGCCUAUCCUGAGAUACAAGCUUUUUGUCAGAAUCAUGGAUUAACAUUUGAGGUGGUCGACAUGCGGUGGGGAAUCCGAGAUUAUGCCUCAGUGGAUCACAUGACCACAGAUCUUUGUCUGAAGGAGAUAGAAGCCUGUCAGAGGAUUUCUAUAGGACCAUACUUUAUUGCUUUAGUUGGCAAUCGCUAUGGAUACAGACCCAUGCCUCGGGUAAUAGAUGAAGAAGAGUUUGACAUACUGUACAAGAAAGUCCUCAAGGAUGAAGCCAAAGCUCAUCUUUUGACACGCUGGUUUUGGAAAGACAUGAAUACUGUUCCUCCAACACAUGUAUUCCAGCCCAUAACAGUUCAUUUUCCUCAUUUCUCUGAUACGGAUCCAUCUCAUGCAAAAAUCCAGGCAAAGGAAGCGAAGGAGUGGAAAGAAGUGGAGAGGCAGCUGUCCAGCGCAUUACGCUCAGCUGCACAAGCUGCAUACAUUGAAGGAUUGAUAACUGUACAGCAAAAACAUAAGUAUUAUAGAUCAGUGACAGAAUGUGAAAUUGAAUGCGGACUCCUGGGCUCUGGAACUGAUCAAGUAGGCUCUACUCUCUUCUUUAGGGAAGUGAAGGAUUUGGAUCUCAGUAAGGAUAAGCUCUCCUACCUCAUAGACGUCAAUGAAGAUGGAAGUCCAGAUACAGAAGCUCAAGAGCUUCUAGGUGAAUUGAAGAAAAAGAUAACAGAGGAGCAUCCAAAUAAAGUAAAGACACAUACAGUGGAAAUGAGUAUACAGAUGUCCAAAGAAACAUAUUUGCAGAAACUCUGUGACCAAGUCAUAGCUGUGGUCAACCAUCAGAUACUUAACUCAUUAGCCAGAAAGGACUCUCACCUGCCAGAAUCACAGAAGCAACAUCCAUGGCUAGGAUGGCUGAUGCAAGAAGUCACACACCACCUACUUCUUUCUCGGGAAAAAUCAGAAGUAUUUUGUGGGCGACAGGACAUGUUGCAAAGAAUUGUAGGUCAUGUCAAAAAGAAGGGUGUAUGGCCCCCUCUUGUUAUCUACGGAGCUUCUGGAUCAGGGAAAACUGCAUUGAUGUGUAAGGCAUUUGAAAUGAUUAAACAUUCGGUGACUAAUAAUGAGAAUUUAAUAUUGGUGCUGCGACUUCUUGGCACAUCACCACAAAGUUCAGACAUCCAUGAUGUGUUGAAGAGUAUCUGUUAUCAGGUAUGCUUAGCACUGGACUUACCACCACCCACGUCCCAGGUCACUAAUAUUUACAAUGAGACUGUAAGGUUUUUUCACCAGAUUCUCACUACAGUAUCUAACAGAAAAACAGAGACCUUGGUGUUGUUUCUGGAUUCACUUGAUCAGCUCUCUCAAACAGAUGGUGCUUAUCAUCUUCAUUGGCUACCCAAGGAAUGCCCAAACAAUGUACAGAUUGUAUUGUCAACAUUACCUGAAGAGGGAGGCAUUUUGAACACCCUAAGAGAAAACAUCCCAGAUGAAACAUUGUACUUGGAAGUUCAAUCACUCUCCGAUGAACAAGGAGGCCAGAUCAUAGAAAUGCUCAUGUCUUCAGCUGGACGUAGGUUGACUCAUGAACAACAUAAAAUUGUGUUGGACAGUUUUAGGAAAUGUGGACAACCCUUGCUUCUUAAAUUGGCAUUUGAUGAAGCCAAGAGGUGGUCAUCUUAUACACCAACCUCAGAGCUUCAUAUUGCCACCAACACAAAAGAAGCUGUAAACCAAUUAUAUCAGCGUUUGGAAAAUAUUCACGGGCAAGUACUGAUUUCCCAUGCUCUAGGAUACAUUGUGGCAUCCAGGAAUGGCUUGUCAGAAGCAGAGCUAAAAGAUAUCCUCUCCAUUGAUAAUAAUGUCCUGGCAGACAUAUAUCAGUACUGGGCCCCUCCAAGUGAAGAUGUGAUCCGAAUUCCAUCUCUUUCAUGGACCCACCUACGCUAUGAUUUAGAGGGGUAUUUGGUGGAGAGGCAAGCAGAUGAGACCACAGUAUUAGGUCUAUACCACAGACAGUUCAUAGAAGUGGCACACAACAUUUACCUGAGUGGGUCGGAGAAGACAAAAAGACAUCGUAUUCUAGCUGAGUACUUUAUAGGAACUUGGAGUCAGGGCAGAAAGCAUCCCAUUGACCUACCACUUCUUAAGAAAUCCCUGAAUGCUGACAGAAAGGUAGCUCCACAGCCAUUGUGGUUUUCAGGAAGCUUGCCGAAUCUCAGAAAAAUAAAUGAACUGCCUUACCAUCUUUUUCAUGCAGGCUGCUUUGAUGAACUAAAGCGGGAAAUUUUAGGCAAUAUGAACUGGAUAUCUACCAAGAUAACUUCAUGUGGAAUCAAUAGUCUGAUCAAAGACUUUGAUAUGUGUGUGGAACGCAUGAAAAAUGAAGAGGCCAAGCUUGUCCGUGAUACACUUCGACUCUUCCAGCCUACCAUGCAUUUUAUAGAGGGAAAGAUAGAUCCUUGCAUCAUUUAUGUAGAGAUACUGGCAAGACUACAUUUCUUCAAAUCAUCUUAUCCAACCUUGAUCGGUGAUCUCUGCCUACAAUGCUACACUUGGUUUGAUCAAUAUCCAAAUCCCACUUUUAUCCCUAUGAGUGGAUUUUUCCAGCCACCUGGUGGUCCUCUGCAAACCACCCUAACAGGUUUUAAAAAAGGUAUCACUAUAAUGGAGGUACAUCCUGACAAGGAUCUUCUUCUGGUCGGAUCUGAUGAUGGAACCAUGAUAGUUUGGAAUAUCGAGGACAUUGAGGUUGUCCACACACUAACUGGUCAUUCAGCUGGAAUACGAUGUGUAAAAAUUUUUGGUUCAGGGACUAGAGCUGUUUCUGGUUCUUUGGAUCAUACACUGCUUCUAUGGAACUUAAUAACUGGUAAAAAGUAUUUAUGUAUUCAAGAAGAUCACACAAACUAUGAAAAUGCUUACCUACAUGUGGAUGAGAAGAUUGGAAUUAUUUACUCAGCAUCGGGAUCUAAGGUCUAUGGAUGGAAUAUAGAAUCUGGGGAUCCUGUAUUAUCCCUUACACCUGGUGUUCCUGGGUUUCCAUUGCAAGCUGCAGUAUUCACCCCACAAAAGAUCCUGAUGACAGUAACUGAAGGAGGAACCUUACAUCUGUGGGACAGUGCAACAGGAGAAUUGAGAGGGUCACGACAGCUACCUGGAAUAGAUGAGGAAACAGCAUAUCCAGUUUGUAGCUGCAUCAUUCCCAAACAUGGAAAAAUGGUGGUUGGAUUUAAAAAUGGCUCCUUAGCACUGAUUUCUACAGGAGGAGGUGUUUCAACUGAACAGCUGCCCAGUGCUCUGAUUUUUGUCGUGGUGGCUGAUGACGAAUCAUUAUUUGCUGUGGGAUUUGGAAAACAAGUCCAGGUAUUCAGAGCUGAUUCUAACACUUUAAGGAAGUUGCUUGAUUCUUGUCUACAACAUGAAGACCUUGUGAAAACUGCUGUAAUUCACAGCGAGAAGAAUAUUAUAUUAACAGGAUCACAAGAUGAAACCAUCCGAGUCUGGAACCUGUCUAAAAGAGGUAUGCUCCUAGACUGCUUCUAUGGGAUGGGAGUAUCGGUCACUGGCCUAGCCAUGAAAGGAAGAACAUUGGUCUCUUCUUCUAACCAAGCCUACUACCUCAAGCUUUGGAAUUUGGAUUAUGAUGAAAAGCACAAGACCCUGCCCCCUUUUCAGGACCGUAGUGGUUGUGUUGCUCUGUCAAAUUCAGGAGACAGAGUUUAUUUUCCCCAAACUGGUGACAAGCACAAAAUUGUUGUGUGGGACACAGUUCAAGGUCGUAUGGCAGAUAUCCUAGAAGCUUCUUCAGAGGUAACCUGUCUGGAGAUUGCAAAUGGCAAGAGAAUUUUAUUCUGUGGAUUGACAUCUGGCACUGUACUGGCAUUUCCCUUAGACCAAAGACAGGAUGUUGCUUGCAUUCCUCCACCUGAUAACAGCUUACCUGUAAUUUGUCUGUCACUGAGCAAACAAGAAAACCACCUAGCUUUGGCCUAUCAAGACACUAUUCUACUGUAUGAGAUAACCAAAGGAGACCCUCUUCCAAUGCUCGAUGGUCCCCUUUAUUCAGUACAUCCAAGUAUUGCAGGUACUGUGAGCAGAGUUGCUAUCUUUGACGACAAGAGGAUCAUUUAUGGAAUGGUGGGGGGAGAACUUUGUCUAUUUAAUCCUGAAAAAGAUGAAAACUACAAAAUGGAGUCUCAUGAAAGCAAAGUCACUUGCCUGGAAAUCAGUACAAAGGAGACAUAUGCACUUAGUGGCUGUGAAGACUCGGUUCAGCGUUUGUGGAAUAUGGAGACUUGUGACUGGGAACAUGAGAUGUGUUAUAAGGGCUUCUUCUUUCAAGGUGUUGAAUGUGCCUGUUUUUCACCAGAUGACUGUUAUAUUUAUACUGGAUCUCAGGACCGAGCCAUUAAAGUGUGGGAUGUAUUACAUGGUUCUCUGCUUGCGGUACAAUAUGUAUAUGCAACAAUUACUCGUCUUGUCUCCACCACUGAUGGAUUUAUGGGAACUACAAGACUGGGAUAUGUGAUUCGGGAAAAGUUGAAGUGCCCACAAAUUGUAAGCCCCGAGUACAACCCACUACAAAACAUCAAGGCUACAUGCACAGUUAAAUCCAAGAAAGCCAAAAACACCAGUAAAACGACUGUUACACCAGAGACUAAACCAGGAAAAAAAUGGUGGAAAUGCAAGGACCAAACUGCCAAAUCUUCCCAAAUAUGCCACAUUGUUUAACCUUAGUUUAUGAGCUGUCAUUUCCAUACUGUAAAACUGUGAAAUGAGAUCAAGCUAUUAAUUGUCAGGGUGCUCUUACACAGAGUAGAACUGUAUCAAAACACAUGGAGAUUUUAGCUACACAGUACAGUUGAUGAAAUACAUUCUAAAAUUAUUGGCAAAACACAAUUUACCUGAAACUUUACAAAAAAAAAAAAGAGAAAAAAGUAGUAGCAUCUGUUCUUUAUAUUAUAUAAUUCAUUAUAAUUCACACCUGGUUUUGGUUUCAAAACUGCAUCAUAAAACCUGUGCAAAGCUGCACUAUGUGAGAGCACCCCCAGGUUAAUUGUGUUUUACAAAUUAUCGUGUCAUUUAUAGUGUGUUGAAUCAGCUGCAUUAUGUAACUAAAAAGGCAUACAUUCUUGAUG